UAAAAAUGUUUAACUGCCUCUACUGUCCUUACAAGGUAAUGGGUCACAAGGCAAACCUCCGGUUCUGCUUCUGUAUGAAAAUGCUUGCUUGCUCAAGAUAACUGAGGCAUCUGCAAGACAUCUGUCACCAAAGUUAAGCUGUGCCUGCACGUAGGCAGGAUGUGUGUUCACUUGACCCCAACACUGCAAUCUUGUGGUUUUUGCCUUUAUAAACCCCAGAGUACCCAUUGGAGUCAACAGUCUUCACCGCCUAGAUCUCACCGAGGAGUCUUCGGACCCUGAAAAUCUCUGGUGGACUGGGAGGUGAGAGGUUCGGAUAAACCCAGCAUUCGGAGGGAGCCAUUGACAGAUUCUGAACACCUGGAUUGUCGAAAAGAGGCAUCUGAAGCCCUCAGAGAGUCUGUACAGGCUCUGCAGCUGACUCCGGGUACUGUGGCCUCCUCGCUUCAGGCUGCUUUCUGAAGUCCACCACCUCAUCCACACCGCUUCCAGCCAGGAGAGAAGGUGUGGAUCAAGAGACACUGAGCUGAGGCACUGGGACCCCACUGGAAGCCACCACACCUCGUCAUCCUGAUCGCCUCCACUGUGUCCAGCGUCCCACACCUGGCCACAUCACUCUCAGGUCACGUGUGCCACUGGGAACGACAGCCUAGCUAAAGAAAAGCAGAUUGUCAUCAAGACCUGCGAAGAUCCACUAAAGAUAAUCGUGACAUGGGGUUUAAUUUAGUGCUGUUGUUUUGUCUGGCUAUAUUCCCUUCUGUUCUUUCUGGGAACCCAAAUGGGAAACGCCCAGCUCCCCGGGCUCCUGUACUAACCAAACCAGCCCCUAAGGCAUGGAAGUUCCAUGUAAUUGCCCUGGAAAAUCACAACAAGACCAUAGGCUCUACCUUCUGUCCAGUCACAGGAUGUGCAAGUGCUAUAAGCCUCACUUUUGAUAUAAGGGACACCUGCCAAGGGAAAUGUAUAAAUGACUUCUACAAUGCUAUGUCCUCUCCUAUAUAUGUCUGUUUUAUGUAUGAGCAAACUCGGCCCGACUGUAAGGACCCAAAUUAUGGAGGAUGUCCACACUGGAGCUGCAAAUAUCAUAGUACUUGGACCAGAUGGGGAGGAGAAAAUCCAUCAAAACUCACCUCAGUUGAUUGGCAUACUAAGGUCAACUACUUAAUCCCUGACCCUUGGGAUAUUAGAUGGAAAAAAGGGGUUGUGGGUUUUGUCUAUAGACACAAUGAGAAGGAUUCAGCCUUUGAUGGGAAGACUAAGAUAUUCAUCUAUAGAGCUUUAGCCGAGUUCACACCUUAGAAUUCCUUUAUUUGAAUGCUAUAACGGAACCAGCCACUAUACCUGCCCUGGCCCUGUUGGUGGGGUUCACCAGCUGACAUCACUUCCCGUCACCACCACCUUUCUCUCUCUCCUUAGCCCUACUCCUCUGGCCUCCUUUGAUCACCUAAUGACAAUUUUAUUACCACGCACUUGCUCAUGAAGGUUGCUAAUCCAAAUGUUAUAUCUGAUUGUUGCUUCUAUAUCUUCCCAAGCCCUCACACUAUGUAGGAUUCUCUAUAUAUCAGAACCCCAUUUCAAUCACUCCCUUUGCCAACUGUCCACGGGAGUCUUUCCACUUGACUGUCAAAUUUCUCUUUUUAAAUUUAUUUUUAUG